GAAAUUCCUAGCAGACAGAAGAGAAAAAAAGUAAAGAAUAAGAAUACCAGUGAAAUUUGUUGUGACAUUUCGUAUUAUGAAAAUGGAGGAGUUUGGAGAGAUUCCGGUUGAAGUUCAAUUAAAUAUUGAUUCGCCUGCUAUACCUGAUGAACCUGACAAUGUGGAACCACCGAGUGAUGAAAAACCAUCGUUUCAACCAGCCAGAAAACAAAGACGAAGCAGGAGGAGCAAACCGUCGCAGAAAUCAGAAUUAGUAAAAAUGGAAUGCAACUUGUGCUCAUUUGAAACUAUAGAAGGUCGCGGUGCCCUACAGAGUCAUUUUCUUGAUGAUCAUUCCAAAGAGGACCUGGCUUCUACAUUGAUUUCAAUCACUUACCCAGAUGCACUAGAAGAUAGUGCCAAUGAAUCACCUGAUUCUAUUAGAAGUAGUGCCACAAAGCGCAGUGCCUCUCUUCAUGCCUGUCCUGUUUGUCAGAAGAACAUAGCAGGAAAAAAUAACUUAGAAAAACACCUUAUUAGGCACAGUUCUCAAAAGCCAUUUAAGUGUGAUGAAUGCAAAAAAAUGUUCAGCGCCAAAAGAGAUCUUCAGCUCCAUGAAAUGCGACAUCACUCCAAGGAAAGACCACAUGUAUGCCCUACCUGCAAUAAAGGAUUUGUUGACAAGGCAUAUUUAAAAAAACAUAUGACUUUUCAUGAUCAGUCAAAAUUCUAUGUGUGUGAAACAUGUGGAAAAUCAUUCAACAAUGUAUUGGGAUUGGCAAAGCACUGCAAGACACACAGUCAAGAGAGGCCUUACAUGUGCGAGAAGUGCUCCAAAUGCUUCCGGGUCAAAUACGAUCUGACUGUUCACAAAAGAAACGUACACAAGGAAGCUCAAAUCCAACAAAAUGAGCCAGAUUCAUCAACAAUAUAAGCUCCAGUGGUGGAGAAUGUCAAGGUCUCCAGUAUCAUAUCCGAAAGACUGAAAAAACUGUAGCACCUUAUGCUGAUCCACACUUUUCAGUUCUUGCAUUUUCUUGGCUGCAAAAAGCAACUGUUCUCGAAUAUUUGUUAUCUGCUUGUGGAUGAAUGAAGGCGUGACGUCCUCCGCCAACAAAAUAUUCUCCAAACGAGUUACAAUACAAGACGCUAUAGAAGAAAAAAAAAUAAAUUAAUUUUUAAAUUCA